AACAUCCUCAUGUAUCCAUGUUGUUCUUGUAGGAGAUGUUGCGCUAUUUAUUUUCUUGCGGAUGUCGGAUCGCUAAGGGGUUGCAUUUGAAAAGUGGCGUGCAGCAGCGUGUGCCCCAAUGGCUGGUCAGAAGGGGGCGCAGCACUGCCACGGUCCAGGCGACGGUCCCUAACGCAGCCACGGAUCGCAUUGUGGGGGGCUGGCUGGUAGCCUGCAGUGGGAUGGUGGUGGGGGCUGUUGUCCUCGGGGGGGUUACCAGAUUGACCGAGUCAGGUCUCUCCAUGGUCGACUGGCACCUGAUCAAAGAGAUGAAGCCUCCAAGCACCCAGACAGAGUGGGAGGCAGAGUUUGAGAAAUACCAGCAGUAUCCAGAGUUCAGAAUAAUGAACCAUGGCAUGACUCUGCCAGAGUUCAAGUUCAUCUGGUACAUGGAGUACUCUCACCGCAUGUGGGGGCGCCUGGUGGGUCUGGCCUUCAUCCUGCCAGCCGCAUACUUCUGGAGGCGGGGCUACCUAAACCGAACCAUGAAGGGGCGUGUCCUCGGACUCUGCAGCUUUGUCUGCUUCCAGGGACUGCUGGGCUGGUACAUGGUGAAGAGCGGUCUGGAGGAGAAGCCAGACUCCCAUGAUGUGCCGCGGGUCAGUCAGUACCGGCUUGCAGCACACUUGGGCUCAGCGCUGCUCCUCUACUGUGGCAGCUUGUGGGCAGGGCUGUCGCUGGUGCUGCCUCAGCACAAGUUGCCAGACACACGACAGAUUACUGUGUUGAGGAGAUUUGCUCGGGGGACCAGUGGUCUUGUCUUCCUGACGGCUCUCUCAGGUGCCUUUGUAGCGGGGCUGGAUGCUGGCCUGGUGUAUAACUCCUUCCCUAAAAUGGGGGAGCGCUGGAUCCCUGAUGAUCUGCUGGCUUUCUCUCCCACCCUGAAGAAUUUCUUUGAAAACCCUACAACAGUGCAAUUCGAUCAUCGCAUACUGGCUAUCAGCUCAGUGGCUGCCAUCACUGGCCUCUACCUGUUCUCUCGGAGGAUCCCGCUGCCCAGAAGGACCCGAAUUGCUCUCUCCUCCCUGCUUGCCAUGGCGUACUUGCAGGCUGGCCUGGGCAUCAGCACCCUGCUCCUCUAUGUCCCCACACCCCUGGCUGCCACUCAUCAGUCAGGGUCCCUGGCACUGCUCUCCCUGGCAAUCUGGCUGCUCGCAGAGCUCAGGAGAGUGGUCCGAUAGACCUUGCUGGAGCACCUGCUCCCUUUCUCAUCUUCGAGAGUGUUCCGAUAGACAAUGCUGCUGGAUCACCUGCUCUCUUUCUGGAUUGUUUGUAUGGGGAAAUCAUCCUCUUCACAAACAACCCAACUCCAGCACACAGGCUCUUGUCUGUUUCCAUACUGAUUUCACUGGCCAGCAUGUUGAUUUAUAUUUUAUAUCGCAGUACUACAAAGAAGCUUAGUGCAGUAAUACAUUUAGAUACACAUUUCAAAGAGGGGUCUUGUUUAUGAAAGCCUGUUUGAGUCAAACCUAUGAACAUUUUAUGACUA